AUGAGAAGAACUUCACUCCUUUCAGCCCUUUUGUUGAACUCCUUCACAGCAGUUUUCUUUAUCUUCUUCACUGCAGUUUCCGUUUCCGGUCAAUGUCAAAGCCACCAGCAACGGUUGCUGCUCGGGUUGAAGAACACCCUCGAUUUUUCAUUAUCUGUAAAGUCGAAGAAUUGGAUUCAAGGCACGGAUUGUUGUUCUUGGGGUGGUAUAACCUGCGAUGGAAGUGGUCGGGUUAUCGUACUUGAGUUGAGUAACCAGUCGAUUUCUGGAGAAAGUGAUGGUUUGGAUUAUCUUUUCAAACUCCAGCAUCUUCAAUGGUUGAAUUUGGCUUAUAACAGGUUGAACUUCAGUUUUCCUUCUGGGUUUCACCAGUUUUUGAACUUGAGCUAUCUUAAUCUGUCGAAUGCUGGGUUCAAAGGGCAAAUAACAGCUGAGAUUUCAGGCUUGACAAGCUUGGUUGCUCUCGACUUAUCUGUAAAUUCAUUUCUUAUGCUACAGCCCUUGAAACUUGACAACCCGAACUUGAAGAUGCUUGUUCAAAACCUCACAAAGCUAAGAUCUUUGCAUCUUGAUGGGGUAAAAAUUUCAGCAAGGGGGAAUGAAUGGUGCAAGGGUUUAUCCCAAUUGACCAAUCUGGAAGUGUUGAGCUUGUCGAAUUGUAAACUCUCUGGACCGAUUGAUGAAUCCCUUGAAAACUUGAAGAAUCUCUCUGUUCUUCACUUGGAUAAUAACAACUUAUCUGCUGUGGUUCCAAACUUCCUUGCUCGGCUUUCGAAUUUGACUUCUUUGCGGCUCAGUUCUUGUAGUUUGCAUGGAUCAUUUCCAAGAGAGAUACUCCAGGUAAGGACGCUGCAGUCUCUUUAUUUACCUGACAAUGAGAGACUUCAUGGUUCUUUGCCUGAAUUUCACCAUGAUGGUUCUCUUAGGAACCUAGUGCUUAGCAGAACAAGCUUUUCUGGGUUGUUACCAGGGUCCAUGGACAAACUUGUGAACCUGACAACACUAGACCUUUCAUAUUGCAAUUUCAGUGGAGCAUUUCCGAGUUCAAUCUCCCAUCUCCACCAACUUGUUCACUUGGACCUGUCGUUCAAUAACUUCACUGGUGGAAUCCCACGUUUUGAUUUGUCCAAAAAUCUUGCCUAUUUUGAUCUCUCUCAUAAUAAACUGAGUGGCAAGAUUGAGUCAUUCAAGUGGGAAGGUCUGCAGAACCUUACUCAUAUUGUUUUAAGUCACAAUUCAUUUCGUGGGAGCAUUCCUUCCUCCCUUGUGGCACUCCCUUUGAUGAAGAAGGUUCAGCUUUCGAACAAUCUAUUUAGUGGUGGUUUUCCUGGUGUUCCUAAAGGAAGACAAUCUUUAUUGGAUACUCUUGAUCUCGGUUACAAUCAAUUGCAAGGGCGUAUACCUGCAUCUGUUUUCGAACUCAGUACGCUUAAUGUUCUGUUGCUUUCUACCAAUAAGUUCAAUGGAACUAUAUGGAUAGGAAGCAUUCAGAAGCUUGUGAAUCUCACGCAACUUGACCUUUCACACAACAACUUGUUUGUCGAUGCAACAGGGAGUUAUUCGACGAUAUCUCCCAAGAUUGCUAGAUUAAACCUUGCUUCCUGCAAACUAAAAGUGUUUCCCGAUCUAAAGAACCAAUCGAGAUUAGUCUUUCUGGAUCUCUCAGAAAACCAAAUUUCAGGUGAGGUACCCAAUUGGAUUUGGAAUGUCAAUGAUAACCUCCAGCAUUUGAACCUUUCACAUAAUCAGCUUGUGGGUCUGCAGAAACCUUACCAAAUGCCAAAUCUUUCAAUCCUUGACCUGCAUUCGAACAAGCUCAGCGGUAAUGUUCCAAUUCUGCCUACAUUUGCAAGCUAUCUGGACUAUUCAAAUAAUAGUUUUGCUUCUUCUUUACCAAAAAACAUCGGUAAAUAUCUUGCCUACACCGUGUUCUUUUCUCUCUCGAGCAAUGGCCUAACAGGUGUGAUUCCUAAAUCUAUAUGUGAUGCUAUUUACCUGCAAGUUCUUGACUUGUCCAACAACAAUCUUAGCGGUGAAAUACCAAAAUGUUUAUUUGGAAGGAAACUGAAUCUUGGGGUACUGAAUCUUGGGGGCAACAAUCUCAGUGGCAACAUUCCUGAUGCAUUUCCAAGUAAUUGUUCCAUAGAAACACUAGAUGUCAAUGGUAAUAUGCUCCGAGGGAAGAUUCCGAAAUCCCUUCCUAAGUGCAAAAGGCUUGAGGUGUUGAACCUAGGUAACAAUCACAUCAAUGACAUCUUCCCUUGCCAUUUGAAAAGCGUAGCCAGUUUGAGGAUUCUUGUUUUACGAUCGAAUGAAUUCCAUGGGGAAAUUGGUUGUCCGGCCAACAAGUACCCCUGGCCAAAGCUUCAGAUUGUGGACAUUGCAAGCAAUAGUUUUAAUGGAACACUACCAAGUAAAUGCUUCAAAACAUGGGAGGCAAUGACAGCUGAUGACGAUGAAGCUCGAUUAAAUGGUGGACAUCUUCAGUUUAGGGUUCUAAAACUCAGUGGACUUUAUUAUCAGAAUGGUAUUACAGUUAUCAACAAAGGUCUACCUAUGGAGUACGUAAAGAUCCUAACUGUCUUCACCUCCAUUGAUCUUUCGUGCAACAAAUUCGAAGGGCCAAUACCGAACGUGAUUGGAGAAUUCAAAGCACUGUAUGUUCUCAACUUGUCACACAAUGCUCUCACCGGGAAAAUCCCACCAGCUCUCGGUAAUCUGAAACAGCUGGAAUCCUUGGACCUCUCAAGUAAUAACCUGGAUGGCAGUAUUCCUCAACAGCUGGUGAACCUGAAUUUCCUUGCAGUGCUUAACCUCUCAUACAAUCAACUGCAGGGAAGUAUCCCAGCUGAAAAGCAAUUUUCAACUUUCAGUAAUGAUUCUUAUGUAGGUAAUAAGGGACUAUGCGGGAACCCAUUGACGAAAAAGUGCAACGAAGCUAACCACGGCCAAGUUUCAAGACCUGAUGCAGCAGAAAAAACUCGGAACGAUGAAUUCAAUUGGCAGUUCAUAUUCAUUGGAGUAGGAGUUGGAGUAGGAGCAGCUGUAUUUGUUGCACCCUUAAUGUUUUGGAAGACAGCAAGCAAAUGGAUCGAUGACAAUGUCGAUAACUUCCUGGCCGAAAUGCUUCCGAAGAUGGGGCUAAUUUACAUGCCGCCGCAUUAUGCCAAGGUUGAGGCAGACGAAAAUCUUGAAGAUGACGAGAAAGAACAUGAUGACGAAGACAACGAUGAAGAAGCUGAAGAAUUUCGAGGGAGAUAUUGUGUAUUUUGCUCCAAGCUUGACAACACCAGGAAGAAGGCAGUUCAUGAACUAAGUUGUCUUGAUCUUGAUUACGUGUUGCUGAAACUACCACCACCUACUCCAUGGGCUACUCCAACUGCUACUGCUGCUAUGGGUGAUGACACCUGGCCUAAUGUCAUUGUCGCUUUUGUCGCUACUACUGAUGUCGUCACUAUUGUCAAGAAGUACGAUAAAGAUAACAAGACGGUGCAAGGCCACUCCUAA